AUGCAAUUCUUAAAAGUUUUAUUUUUGAUUUCUACUUUACUUUCAACUUAUGUAUUUGCCGCCUUUUCAACUCCUGGAAGUUUACUUAUUGAACCAAUUUCUGGAGAACGUCUCGUUUCUGGUGACAACAUUACCAUUACCUUCCUUCCUGGUUCAGAUUUGCCCUCCUCUUUUGAUGUAAUUAGACUUGCUAGAGCUGAAAUAAAUGAUUAUCACAUUCUCGACACUAAUGUUCAAUUACCACCAGGCCAAGAUCAAUAUAGUUUCACAUAUGUUGUACCUGAUGGUCUACCUUCCGAUCCCCGCUGGGUAAUUGGUGGUGGUACUGCUUGGAAUGCUGGCGAAACAAUUACUAUCGCCUGGCGAGGAGAUGGAUCGUUACAAUUAUAUGAAACUUCCAAUAUAACACAAUUUCAAAUAUUUAAUAAUGUGAAUAAUACUUGGACUCCUAUUCUUAUUCAAUCUGUUCCUGUUACCGAUCGUAAAUAUCAAAUUACUCUUCCUAAUAAUCUUGCACCACAAAAUGGCUAUCAGUUGAGAAUUGUAGUUGAGCGAGAUAACGCUUUGGA